GAAAAUCAGUGGUUUAGAUUUUAAUAUCUUCAUAGUUUUCUUAAUAUAUGUUCUUGUAUUUUAACACAAUCUUAACAUCGGUACUUAUAUCUCUAAAGUGUAUCCCCCUUCAUUUUAGGAGCCAAAUCCAUCUCUAGUUCACAGAAAGUUAGGUCUCCCUCGUCCUAUCCUAUCACUUUUAUAAUUAGUACUUGCAAUGAGGAGAAUAAGUGUUUCUGUACACGUUUUAAGCCUGCUGUUCCCUUGUCAAAAUGUCCAGGGAAAAGUAGGACAGGAGAGCUUAGUAUUUUCCCCAAGACUCUUGUAGUUCUGUCUCAUUGUCUGCACAUGAUGCCCAAACAAGAGUCUGCUUCUGCUGCUGCUGCCAAUAAUGCAAAUUUGAUGGGAAAUCAAUGGGUACCAGGAAGUACCAGGAAUCCUGAAACAUAUAUUUUGAAGGAUCAGGAAACAAGAUAUCGUUCACGCCAUUUGGAUUUGAUGUUGCAUCCUGAAGUUCGAGAAAUAUUCAAAACUAGAUGUAAAAUCGUUAAAUACAUUCGGAAAUACCUUGAUGACCGUGAUUUCUUGGAGGUUGAAACACCUAUGAUGAGCAAGAUUGCCGGUGGAGCAGCAGCUCGUCCAUUUGCAACUCAUCACAAUGAACUUGACAUGAAAUUAUUCAUGAGAAUUGCUCCAGAACUUUAUCUCAAGCAGCUGGUUAUUGGUGGGCUGGGUCGUGUUUAUGAAAUCGGUAAACAAUAUAGAAAUGAGGGUAUGGACUUGACCCACAAUCCUGAGUUCACAACUUGUGAGUUCUAUAUGCCUUUUGCGGAUUACUAUGACCUGAUGAAGAUAACAGAGGAAAUGUUGAGCGGUAUUGUUUACCAACUUACAAAUGGAAGCUAUAAAAUCCAAUAUCAUUCAAAUGGAGUUGACAAGGAUCCUAUCGAAAUAGACUUCACUCCACCCUUCAGGAGGAUUGAUAUGAUUGAGGAACUAGAGAGUAUGGCAGGACUUAGUAUUACGAAGGACUUGGCUAGUGAGGAAGCUAAUGAAUAUCUGAAGAAUGCAUGCUUGAAGUAUGACAUCAAAUGCGCUCCCCCUCAAACCACUGCUCGGUUGUUGGAUAAACUUGUAGGCCACUUUUUGGAAGAAACGUGUGUCAAUCCUACAUUCAUCAUGAAUCACCCCGAAAUAAUGAGUCCUUUGGCCAAGUCGCACAGAGAAAAACCAGGCCUGACCGAGCGUUUUGAAUUGUUUGUCAAUAAGCAUGAACUUUGCAAUGCAUAUACUGAACUGAAUAAUCCUGUUGUGCAACGUGAGAGAUUUGCUCAACAACUCAAGGAUCGGCAAUCGGGGGAUGAUGAAGCGAUGGCCUUAGACGAGGAAUUUUGCACUGCUUUGGAGUAUGGUAUGCCACCAACUGGCGGUUGGGGUAUGGGUAUUGAUAGGUUGACGAUGUUACUGACUGAUGAUUCACAGAACAUAAAGGAAGUUAUUCUCUUCCAUGCCAUGAAACCUCAAGAUGUACCUUCAGCUAAAGGAACUUGAGAAAUUCAAGAUGAUCAGAAACCAAAUUGCAUGUAAAUAAGUUGGGAUCUUGAAAUCUUUUAUUGAGAAUCAAGUUAAAAAUAUUAUAGUUAUGACUGCUAUUUGUUACUCCAUCCGUUCCUUUUUAA